CCCCGGUGCCAGAGCCUGCUGCACAGUCACCCCGCCGCCAUGCUGAGAGUAUCGUCAUACCGCCAGCUGUUUGAGGACGAACCGUGGGGCAGCCAACAGUCUGGAGGGCUGUACCUCUCCUCCGCGAGAGGUGGGACCACAGAGUUCCAAUGGCAGGAGCCUGAUUUUAAAGCAGCCCAUGCUCUGAACAGAGAGAGCAUGUCUCGAUUUAAGAAGGAACGUGUCCUGAUUGCUGAACUCAAUGACCGACUGGCCCUGUUGAUUGAAACGGCCCGUUGUCUGGAGGAAGACAAUGAGUCUCUGGAGGCCCAGAUCCUGGAGUUGGAGGAAAGAUUGAGCAGCCAGGACACUGACAGCUCCACUGGGGUGCCUGAAUGUGGCCUGGAGCUGGUGGUGGAGCGACUGCGCAGAGAGAAGGAACAGAUCCUGUGUGACGUCGCAAAGUUGAAGGGAGAGCUGGACCUUCUGCAGGCGGAGCAUGCCGAGGCAGUCAAGCAGAGGUCACUGAUCUACCUGGAGAGGGAGGACGUUGCCCUGGAUGUUGAUGUAGUGACCGCUGAUUGCCUGGCCCUGAAGGACCAAGUGGCCAUCUACGAAGAACAGCUGGCCAUGAUGCGGGUGGAGUAUGAGUCGAGAGUUGAGAAAAUUUCCGAACCUGCUGCUGCUGUUCCCAUGGUAACCUUGGAGUUCUUCAGCCCUGAUGUCACCCCUGCCAUCUUGGACAUCAAGGAAUAUUUCAGCCAGCUGGCUGAAAGCUUGCAGUUUCAGUCUAAGGCAGUGGCCGGCAUCGCUGUGGGCGAGCAGGGCGAGGGGGAGAAGGCCAAACUCUCCGGAACAGGAGUGACAGAUGCGUCCAAGGUUGACGAGCUGAAGAUGCAGAUUGCUGAGCUGCAGAAAGAGCUAGCAGACCUGGAGAGAUACGGAGAGGAACUCGAUGACAAAAUCUUACAGAGGAGAGCUGCUUACCUGGAGGAGGUUGAGGAACUGGAGAGCUGCUUGGCUGAGCUGGAGGCUGCCCAGGCCCAGCUGGAGGCACAGAUGAGGGAUGAGUGCGGAGACUAUCAGGACCUGCUGACUGAGAAGAUGGCCCGGGAUAUGGAGAUCGUCUACUACAGGGGAUUGGUCGAAGUGGAAGAAGAGCGGUUGCACUUUCUGUAGCGGGAGAUGAGGUCAGCUGCAGCAGGAGGAGAACGUAUGUGAGUAACUAACACACUCCCUAGAGCAACCUUGGUAAAAAGCCAAUCACCAUGCAGUGCAACAGCCUGGCCACGCGUGUUAAUGCGUGGGUCGCUUUGACAUAUUCGCACAAAUUCUUCUUCACCGGGCCUUUGAUAAAUGGUCAUGGGCCUUCUGAGCCGUGCUUGACUACAAAAGAGACAGCGUGUGAGGUGGAGUUCAGAGUGGAGACCUGUGUGGGAGGCCCUGGAGAAGAUCACGGCUCUUCCUCAGUGCUUGGAGCUUGCCCCAGUCCAUCCCUCCCUGGCCCGUGGCAGUCACCGAGUCCUGCUUGCGUGCUCAACUGCCUCCUGAGUGAAGAGUGACACUAAUUAGCCCCCCCAGGGGCUGCACCACUUAACCUCUCCUCUGUCUCUUGAGUUUAUGCACGGCUUCCAUGCUGAGAUAAGGCGCCUCAAGCUUAAGGGUCUCGACCCAUUCUUCCUCAUCAGCUUGAUUUACUCUCCAUUGGUCUGCUUCUCAGGCCCACACCUACCUGCUCGUCACAUCUAUCACGUAUGUCUGGAGAUGCUCCGUAUGUGCCAUCCUUUUACAUGGUUUCUGUACAUACCCUGUACAUGCAUUUCUCUUAAUACCUGUGACACAUAAUGUACAUCUUCACAACCAAAGAUGUAGCUUCAUUAUGUAGAGUAUGUGAAAUGUGUGCCUUCAUUUUCAAGUGAUUGUUUUCCCGUUGUGUUGUUUUUUCUUUUGUUUCACAAAGACAUGUAGUUGUGUUUAUCCCACUGCCACCAAAUCAACCAAACAGAAUGUGUAUUACAGUAGCACUCGAUCAAAUAAACCUGCCGUAUGGAGCCUAGCCCAGUAUGAACAGCUCAGUGCACAUGGGGGUAAUUUUGCUUAGCUCCUGUGCCCAUUCACAACAAAUUGUAACCUUCACAAAUGAGUGCAGUACGAGUUUAUAGUGGAAGUAUUUUUGACUGUGUGGCGAAGAUGACAAAGUCCUCAUUAAUUGAGCAGAUAAGAUAAUUCACAAUGAGUCGAAUGUGCUUUGGAACUGUGGCGUCCAAUCAUCCCUAGUGCACUAGAUGAUUUGAUCCACUCAGCUUAAAGCAUUGCCUACUGCGGGCCAGACCACCCCGUCCCUCCACUUUAGACAACCCCCAGGGGCUGAUAAGCAGGCAUGACUCCUGUUGCACCCAAGGGAAAAGUAAGGAUUUUACAUGAGGGUGUGGGGGAGACCAUGACCUCAGGGGUCAGGUCCAGGUCUUUGGCGGGAUUUAGGUUUCAGGAGUCAAGCCAAAACUCUUCCAUCUCAGCCUCACAGGGGAACAAAGACAGCUGGGAAACCGAGAAAACCAAUCAUUUUGUUUGUUUAUUUGUUGGCCAGUUGGCUUCUGGGCAAAUUCUAAGCAGCAGAACAAUUAGCAUUUAUGACCACAUGAAUUACGCUGCAUGGAAGCCAACUGCAUUCAUAAAGGAAUCAAUUUAGUAGACUAAACAUUUUGUGAAACCCAACUAAACAUGCGCAUAAAUAUUCCUGUUGAGGGGGCGUAUAUUUGUGGUGAGCAGUUAAAGCUUUCUCACUGCUGAUUCAAUUGCUGUGCUAAAGAUUGGCAAAAUGAUAGGUGGAAUCAUGAAUAAAGAGCUUAAGCAUGUUAACAGUGCUGUUUGCAAUGGA